AGCGUCUUGACGCUGCAGUGAGACAGCGUUUGGAUUAUGCUUGUGCUUAUUCACCGCCUCUUAAAAAAAUACUGGGCACCAUGACUGUAAAACGUGUUGACAACACAAAACAACGCGGAAGCAGUUGAUGAAAAUGCCAGAGGUGUGUCGAUGAUCACAGUGGGACGGUAGUGUGAAAGAAACAUGGCGGAGAGUGCAGCAGUCAACCGGGAGAAGAUGCGUCUGAAAGCGGUCAAUGUGUAUGACUGCCGCCCCGAGAGCAGCGCAGCCCCGCCGCGGGCGAUAGACAUCACGAACCGGGACUACACCAUGUUCCUACAGGCGGUCAGAAAGAUGUUUUCACUUUCGCCAAACGACACUUUCGUUAUCAGCACGACGGACCGGAAGGAGAUUGAUGAAGCGCUUUACAAGGAACUGGAUGAUGGGAAAACUUUGCACCUGCUACAGUCUCUGGAUCAGCAGCUGUCUGCAUCGACUCAAGAGCGGAUUGAGUAUCUGCCUCACUUUCAUACUCUGGUGCAAUGUGGCAUGUACGAGUACUACGCUAGUGAGGGACAGAAAGCCCUGCCAUAUGCGUUUGCUGAGCUCAUUGAUAACGCACUGUCAGCCACAGCAAACAACACAGGAAUCAGGAGCAUUGAAAUCAGACUGUUGUUUGAUGAAGCUCAGGGGGGACCUGCAGUCGUGGUGAUGGAUAACGGAUGCGGAAUGACAUCUAAACAGCUGAACAACUGGGCUGUUUACCGUCUGUCCAAAUUCAUACGAGAAAACAGCGUGUUUCAUGGUGAUCAUAGUAGUUAUGUUCGGCCUGUUCCAGUUCCACGCAGUCUGAACAGUGACAUCUCGUAUUUUGGAGUCGGAGGCAAACAGGCUGUGUUUUACAUCGGCCAGUCUGUCAGGAUGAUCAGUAAACCUGCGGGCUCUCCAGAUGUUCAUGAGUUUGUUAUGUCAAAAGAAGAGUUUGAGCGAAAAGAGAAAAACAAGGAAGACAUUUACUCUGGCUUCAUCAGAAACAGAAAGCCUGCCGAUUUCUCUCACGUGAACGUGAGUGAGGAGCAGUUCCUGCAGUCUAUUGUUCUUGAAGAGGAAGGUAAGGAGAGCUUCACUGCAGUUGUGAUCACCGGCAUCCACACGGAACACGUCAUUUACCUCAAACAACACUUCAGUCUAUGGACCAGAGAGUUAGCGCACACUUACCAUUACUAUGUACACGGCAUCGAUGGGAACGACAAGAAAAAAUCAAGAAAGACUGACUAUGUGCCCAACAUUGACAUUCAGAUCUGUUUGUUUGAGCGCUCCACUCGCGUUCCCCGCGUGAUGAACCUGCGACAGGUGGAUAAUGACAUGCAGACGCUCUAUGUGAACGCCAGUGUGUCAACGUUUGAGUUUAAAGCCACUGGAGCUGGAGAUACAUUAGUUGAGGGAUUGAUCAGAUAUCACCCGUUCCUCUAUGAUCGAGAAACUUACCCAGUGGAGCCAAAUGCAGCAGCUCCUGUAGAGGAUGAAGAUGAAGAUUUUGUUGUUUUGAAUCCUGAGGGCCGGGGGAAACGUCCGAUCUUUGAGUGCUUCUGGAAUGGACGUCUGAUCCCCUACACUUCUGUCUCAGAGUUUGAGUGGUGUGCGAGGCCCAAGAAGGCAGGCCCAGUACCACUGGAGUGUUAUAACCGCAUCUCAGGAGUCCUCUUCGCCAAUGACCGAUUCCAGGUCAGCACCAACAAACUGACUUUCAUGGACCUCGAGCUUCAACUUAGAGACAAAGAGACCAUCUUUACCAGAGUGCACAAGGGCCAGGAGCAGCGCGUGAAGAUCCAAAAGGAGUUUACUAGCUGGUUAAAGGAGUGUCAUGAGCACUUUGAUAAGCAGGUGAAGUUUGAGGGGUUUAUGGGUGUGAUAUCACGCACAGAUGUGGCCAGCAAACGGCAGCAGUCACCUUGGGCUCAAUUCAAAGCCAUUAAAUGGGAUGGCAAGACUUACAAGACAGGACAAUAUGUGAAGACGGUGAAAACUCACCCAAUCUUCUUUGGUUCUAUAGUUCAGUUUCUGCUCUUUGGAGAUUAUGAAGGUGAUGUGUAUGCCACAGGAGGACACAUGCAAGUUGCACUGGAACCAAAGGAGGUAUAUGAUGAGCAGAGGAUUAUUCCCAUCUCAAAGAUUGACAGACAGGCUACAGCCGAGGCCAUUAACAAGAAUAUUGAAGAUGAGCUCGCAAAACUUCCAGACCGGUUGAGGGUUUCGUGGCCUGAGGGAAACCCAUGGAGCGAGAAUGACACCCGAUCGGCUGGCACACCCUUGGGUCCAAUUAAAGUGGAGAUUUUGAACAAGAAAGGAGAGUCAAUGUCUCGUCUGCCUGUGAAUGUCAAUACCAAGAAAUUCCUGAUUGAUCUCAAAGUAAUUUGGCACUCUCCUAAAGGAGAUGUCCAGACUAACUCUUACAUUGGCAUGCAUUCAUCCAAGUGGGAGUACUGGUUCAAGGCUAUGGAGAAUCUCAGUAAACUUGGGGAUUACACGCUGCAUCUGCAGACUAUACUGAGUGACAGCUCCACCAGUGAAUGGGCUGGGAAGAGACUACCUUAUUACACCCUUAAAUUCUCUAUUAAAGAGGGUAAAGCAGUAUCUUUUGUGUUAGCCUGCAUUACCUCUUCUCUCCAGGUGGGGGUUCCUUUCAGUAUACCUGUAGAGUUCAAAGAUGCGUUUGAUUAUCCCACACAGCCACCCCGUGACAUCAAACCCCAGAUGGAGUGCAGUUCACUAGAGUUGAGUUAUGCAGGAAUGGCUUUUGGGACCACGACUGUCAUCAAAGAUGUGAGAGCCAAGGGAAAAUUAAAAAACCCGAACAAGGUGCACAAAGUGAAGGUUCAAAUCCAAGGGCUGAAGAACAACCAGCCUUUGCUAAUUGCUGUGAACCCAGGCCCUCCACACACACUCGUGGUGUUACCUGAUGAUGACAUCAUCUCUAUUGAGAAUGGAAAUCCAGCUAAUUUUAGAGUGGAAGUUCAUGAUGAGUGCCAGAAUAUCACCACUCAGCCCAAACUCAGUGUCCGCUGUCAGUUGCUGGGAGCACCUGAUCUGCCCGUGGAUGUUGUAGACUGCAGUAACACGGGUUCUGGUCUCAUGUUGACCAAACCACUACUGCUGAAGACCAUCAACACUGAACAAAUCAUCACGGCAAGAUUCAACAUUCCUAACCAUAAAACAGUGGCAUGUGUGGAGCGCAAGCUGCAUGUGUUACCUAGCACACGGGUCUCGCGUCUGGAGGUGUACAGACAGGAAGAGGGCUCUAAUGAUGUCAUGGUGCUGCAGAAUUUGGAACGCAUCGAUUGGACAGCUGGAGACACGCUAGGAAACCUGCACUUCAGACUGUAUGACGAGGGCGAUAGACCAAUUUGCCUAACACCACAACUGACUGGCAAGAUUAAGGUAAACUGGACCGCAAAGAUGGACACAGAAGAACUGUCUCAGGGGAAACUGCCACAUUUAUGUGUCCCCACUCAAGCACAGCGAAAUAAUUUCUAUCAUGUGUCCUUCCACGACCAGCAAGUAGUGAACACGUCUUUCAUCAUAGUGCCUCGACCAGAUGAGCCUGAGCGUUUGCUGGUCACCCUUAGCGAGUCAACAGUCAAAAUGGGUGAAACUCUGGCAGGGCACAUUGAUGUUAUUGAUCAAUAUGGGAAUAAAACGGACUGUCUAAAUUCUGAAAGUUUGAAUAGUUUGAGUGUGUCAGCAGAUGGCCUGGACAAAACAACUCUGACUGUACAAUGGGAGGCCAGUACUGCACGAUUCUCGGUGUGUGGGAUCCGGUUUGCAUCGGGGACUCCUGGGCCAAGGGAGUUGUGCUUUAAGAACCAGAGCAUGGAGGAAUUCGUGCGCAUUCGAGUCACUGUGGGACCUCCAGCACGGAUCACACUACUGGAUGAGCCUGAGAUGCCUCUGCAGGUGCUGAGUGGUCAGAGUUUGAACACACCGUUUGCUCUUCAGCUGUGUGAUGAGUGGGGAAAUCCUUCUCCAGACCAGCGGAUUGUCAUCACGAUGAAGACUCGCUCCCCACUGCUGAAGGUGAAGUCUUCAGUGAUGUCUCAACCUGUAGAUGUAGAAGGAAGAGCUAGCUUCCUGUUAGAAUCAGUAAGUGGUCCAAAAGGGGAGCAUCAGUUGGAAUUCCUUGGAACUUUUAGCAAGAACAGUAUUCCCGGGCCUGUAGUGACAUUAAAUGUUAUUCCGGAUCCCAACAACCCAGUCAGUCUCCAAAUCGAAUACAACAGAGAAGCCACCUUAUGUGCAGGAGAUAUCUUUCCAGUGUUUACAGUGGUGGUGGUGUCUGAAGAGGGCAGUCCAGUAAAGAACAUCUGUCCAGCCAGUCUGUCAAUGUUGCUGUGGCAGGGCGUACCAUCAGGGUCCCAAUUGUGGCAGGGCGUACCAUCAGGGUCCCACCCACCCUCGACAGCCACUACUCUAAAGUGUAGUAAACAGAAAGACACUGAUAAGGACAGCUGCUUCUGCUUCAGGGAUAAGCAGAUUCCAGAACUAGUGGGGAAGUACGUCGUCCAGUUUGUUUUGGCGGUAGACAAAACCAAUUAUCUGUGGAGCCAGCAGAUUCCAAUAAAUGUUGCUCCCAAUAAAGCAAUGAAAUUAGCACCUGAGACUCCGACCUCAACUCCUGUCGUGUCCAAUAGCAACAAUCGUGCCAAUCGCAUGCUGCUGGACAGCUUGUGUCUGAAGAUCAUGGACCAAUACAAUAAUGCAGCUGGUGAGGGGAUUGAUGGACAGGUGGUUGUCACGGUGACGGGCACAGAAGACUUGGCAGUUCCUUGGUUUGACCAUCAAGAUAGAAGUGUGUCAUACAGUCUUAUUAAUGGAGAGGCACUCAUUACUGAUUUAGCUCUUUUGGAGAACAGUCCUGGUGUGGAUGGAGCUGAAUACACUCUACACUUUUGCGUUGAAGUUCAGCAGUCUGACAUCUCCAUCAUUCCAUUCACCCUGCCUUUCAGAUUCUACAACGAUGUAGAACAUCAGAAAGUCAUGACGACUCUGAGUAAGAAGAAAGAUCGUCUGUCCCAAUCUAUUCUGAUCUACCGUGAGAUCUUGGACACCAACAAGCAGCUCAUAUCUGAACUCAACUGUCAGGUGCAAGAUGCAUCUAAAAAACUGAAUGAACUCAAACCUCAGAUUAUAAAGAGUGGCUUGAACAUCUCAGAACUAACCACUGUAUCAGCAAUAGAGAAUGUAAUAAAUGUGAAGAAAGCAACUUUGAACAAGAUAGAGGAUCAACCUCGACGGAAAUGCACAAUUCCAGACCCUUUCAAAGGGAUCCCAGAAGUUCUGGGGAAGAUAGCUCAUCUGGCACAGAUAGAGGAUGAUGAUGCAGCGAAGGUGAUCUCCUGGCAUCUGCUGGGUGACAUGGACUGUGUGGUCACUGAAACAACAGCUGCUGCCAAGAGAAUCUAUGAUGAUACACACGGACGACAGCAAGUCCUCCCGCUUGAGACGGUGUUCUGGAGACCAAACAACAGGUCGCUGCCUCACAUCAGGAAUGGUUCGCCUCUCUUCCCUGCUCUUGGAAAUCCUGUGUUUGCCAAAGAUGUGCUCAUUUUCCCUCAAUAUGUUGAAAUCUGCAAUAAAGUGUUUGUGAGUCUUAUUGGAGACACUAUCCUGGUGGAUGACUUGGAUUCUGCUAAUGAAUAUCGCAGGGGGGUCGUUCAGAACAAAGCACAGUGUCCAACACUGCUAACUCGUCAAGGCGAACGGAUUCGCAGCAAUGGCAAGUUUGGAGGCCUACAGAAUAAAGCUCCGUCCAUAGAGAAACUGAGAGGUCAAGUGUUUGGCGCUCCAUUACCCAAAGAGUACAACAUCACAUGCACUCAGAUCGAGUUGUUGCAGCAGUACUCCGUUGCGAUGCAGAAGGCCAAUGAAGUUCAGUCUGACUAUAACAGUCAUUUGCAAUACCUGCAAAGUCCUCAGAUGAAACAGAAACAACAGAAACUCCAGCAGCAGGAGGAAGAGCUGAAAGACAUUGAGCAAACUCUCGCCAGUACUCCUGAGCGACUGUCUCGCGCUGUGACCGUAAAACGAACUCUUGAGCCUGAAGCACCUAAGCCUGAUGUUCCUGAUGUUCCUGAUGUUCCUGAUGUUCCUGCUAAAAGAACCCGCCGCCAAAAGCGCCAACUGAAUUCAUGAUGUAAUGUGAGCAGGCAGCGAUGACUCUUCUAACAGCACUCACCUGCAGCAAAACUUCACAAGAAUGCUCAAAUAAGGGAAUCAAUGCUUUUUGAUGAUUGUUGCAUCAAUGAUUGUUUUUUAUUGUUUUAUUUUUUCUUUGCAAAUCUUUAAGUUCUGUUUUAUAUUUUACUCUAAGUUUACUGAUAAAAUAGUUCCUGUUUAAUUUAAACAGAUAAGGCAGAUUAUGUGAAUGGACUGUGGCCAUAGUAUAUACUUUGUAUCUUUCUGUGGGAAAAAAAUAACAUAUUUACUCUUACAGCAAUUACACUCUCAGUAACAGCAAACCAUUUCAUCAAAGUGAAAUAAGACAUGGCCUAAGGAUACAGCAAUUGAGCAUGCUUGUUUUAUGGACCCUGUGAUGUCAUAGAGGGUGGACAGCCAUCAGUUACCAUCCAUUAAAAAAAACAAUUACUGUCCAUUUUUUACUUUGUUCUUAUCUUAACUUUUUGCAGCUGUUCUCUGUUAUAAAAAAAACCAACAAAAAAAAAAUGGCCUUUGUACUUCAAAAAUCAUGUUAAUACAGUGCAGAGAACUAUUAAAGAAUCUAAAAUAAA